GGCAAACUCAGAAAAUGAAUCUUUUCCAGUCGGUGACAAGUGCCUUGGACAACUCAUUGGCCAAAGAUCCAACUGCAGUGAUAUUUGGUGAAGAUGUUGCCUUUGGCGGAGUCUUCAGAUGCACUGUUGGCUUGCGAGACAAGUAUGGAAAAGAUAGAGUUUUUAAUACUCCACUGUGUGAGCAAGGGAUUGUUGGAUUUGGAAUUGGAAUUGCUGUCACUGGUGCUACAGCCAUCGCAGAAAUCCAGUUUGCAGAUUACAUUUUCCCUGCGUUUGAUCAGAUUGUUAAUGAGGCCGCCAAGUACCGCUACCGCUCUGGGGACCUUUUCAACUGUGGCAGCCUCACCAUCCGGUCCCCGUGGGGCUGUGUUGGCCACGGGGCUCUCUACCAUUCUCAGAGUCCAGAAGCGUUUUUUGCUCAUUGCCCGGGAAUCAAGGUGGUUAUACCCAGAAGCCCUUUCCAGGCCAAGGGCCUUCUUUUGUCGUGCAUAGAGGACAAAAAUCCUUGUAUAUUUUUUGAACCUAAAAUACUUUACAGGGCAGCAGUGGAACAGGUUCCAGUAGAGCCGUACACCAUCCCACUAUCCCAGGCGGAAGUCAUACAGGAAGGCAGUGACGUUACCCUAGUUGCCUGGGGCACGCAGGUUCACGUGAUCCGGGAGGUGGCUUCCAUGGCAAAGGAAAAGCUUGGAGUGUCUUGUGAAGUCAUUGACCUGAGGACCAUAAUACCUUGGGAUGUGGACACUGUUUGUAAGUCUGUGAUCAAAACAGGACGUCUGCUCAUCAGUCACGAGGCUCCUUUGACGGGAGGCUUUGCCUCGGAGAUCAGCUCCACAGUUCAGGAGGAAUGCUUCUUGAACCUAGAAGCUCCUAUAUCGAGAGUAUGUGGAUAUGACACACCAUUUCCUCACAUUUUUGAGCCAUUCUACAUCCCCGACAAGUGGAAGUGCUACGAUGCCCUUCGAAAAAUGAUCAACUAUUGAGCACAUAGAUAAGCUGGAAGAUUGUGGCUAGAUAUGAAGAUAUUUUUCUGAAAUUUUUUUACAUAUCCUCAGAUUUAUCUCGUCUUGAAUAUAGUUUUUAAUGAAAUGAACUAUGAUGGAUAUUGGCUGAAAAGUUAUGAAUUAAUUAUUGUAUUGUAACACACAUGAGUUGGUGAUUUUCAUUGAGUGUUUCAGAUUAACUUUUUAAAACAUUCCCCAUGGUAGUCUCAUAAAGUCUGUUUAAUUUUACAUCUGUAAAUACUGGAUUUGGGGUAAUAUCAAUAAAGCAAAAUCAGAUUAUC